AUGCCGCCUCGACGCUCCCGCAAUCCAAGCAGAGACUACGAAGACCCUCCUGUCCGAUACCCACUAUAUAACCUCGGACUCCUCCCCGACCCACCUGAUAACUGGCUACUAUGGAAUGAAGACAAGAGAGCUUUCUGCGGUGGCCGUCGCGUCAGUCGCGCAAAAGCAAAGGAGUUAGCUGAUUUCCAUUUCUGGGGUAUAAACCCCGGUAUUGAAGGGCGUGACUCUACAGAACGACUGAUGGUAGCGCUCCGCAAGCUCAUGUACUAUCAAUCCGCUCACCACAGGCCUCCUGAAUAUUCUGAGUUCCUCAAUACGCAGAGAGAUGCCGGGCCGAGACUUCUGGAUCCUAAUUUGGUCCCGCAGCCUCUACCUAUAAGUCGUUUCUUUUCUCUCCUUCCUCAGGAUGCGCAGGCUGGAGCGCUUUCGCAGAUUGAUAUCGCCCGACUGACCGAGAGACAGCGUUUAUAUCCGUCAACUCGCUCAGGUACGGCGACUCGUGGAUCUGAAUUGAACAGGUCUCCCCUUGGAAGCCCAGAGAUUACUAUGGCGGAUGCGGGCCCAAUCUCAGGACGCAAUUCUAUCAGCGGAAGCCUGACGAGCUCUCAAAUAAAUACACAGCGUCCGAUCUCGCAAGAUAGUAUGGGCCAAGGAGAGCUAUCCCAGCAGGCCUCUAAUCCACUUCAAUCUUCAAGCCCCUAUACGACAGGGCAACUUCGUUCUAGUGGAAUAAGCAACAACACUGAUAUAGUCACCGAAGAGAUCCAGAGGGCCAUCAUGCGAAUUACGUAUCGAGAUCUAGAAAGACACGCCAGUGCUUUACCCCGGGGCCUGCACCCUCAGUCAAUUGCAACAAAUGAAGAACAUCUUCUGCAAGUCCAGCAGAGAAUCUCUCCAAUGGCCGGUGCCGUUCGCCUGUCUAGCAUUGAGGGCAGUUCCUUUCGCAUAGAUCCAAAUGGCAUUAACUAUGCAUAUCGGGGUCGUGGACCCGUGUGGAGGAACAACUCCUGUGCUGUUGACUGUGUCAUUGUUGCUGGAAGGUUGCUUGAUGCAGGAUGCACAAAUAAGGACCGAGCAAGUCCCGAGUGGGAGAGGUCCCUGACUAUUCUUGAAAGAGCAUAUAUCCAGGCGAUAAAUAUAGACUGGGAUAUACUAUCAAGAGAACAGAGUAUGGAUACACGGGACCGUUUCUGGGAGAUCCUGGCUGGGAAUAUCCCCGGCAUGGAAGUUGGCAUUCCAUCGCCACCAACAUCUAUAUGGGAAGAAUCGACCAAGUCAUUUGAACAAUUCAAGUUUUCUUAUACAGAGGAAAUAUCAUAUUGUUCCUGUAGAAGAAUGGGGAAUAGUCGCAGAACAUAUGCCCAUCGCUCAGUGUCUCCUGCUUUUAUACCUGCUGAUCAAAAUGGUGUAUCGAUGGAAACCCUAGUACAGAGAAGUUUCAGAUCUCACAGAGGGAUUUGCAGAUAUUGUAGAAAGGGCAUCGCGAUACGCAGCCGGACUUUCCACCAGCUUCCUCUCCGCAUGGUUGUUGAACUGCACAAGGAUGCACGUCCGAGGAACCACACGGCGAAUAUCACAAUCGAAUAUAAAGAUCGAGAUGGACAAGAUCAAAAGGCAACUUAUCGCUGGCUAGGAGGUAUAUACCGCACCACGUCGGGGAGAUAUAUUAACGAGCUAGGAGAAGAAGUCGAUUCGUACCAUUUCCGAGUCUACUGGACCGAUGUGGAAAGAGGAGAAGUCGACACUCAUGAGAUUCGCAUGUACGACGGAAUGGAGAACCUCGGUCUCAUUGCGGGCAAUAUUGCUCCCUCCCAUCGAGAUGAGCGGGUUCCUGAGAAGUGGUGGAAAGAUCAGUCGAUACCGCUAUUGUUCUAUGAGCGUGUGCUGAAUCCAGAGAGUGAAGUGCUAUCUGCGGCCAAGGACACAAUAAUGAAUAUGAUUGACGUGAAAGAGAACAAUGGGCUAAUUAUGCAGCAGCUCUGUCAGUGGCGGCCAUCCAAUAUGCCUGCAAAUCCAAUCCCACCU